GCUAAAUCGUUUUCACAAUAGCUAACAUAAAAUGGCUUCUAUUUUAUAUGUUAUUGUUUUCUUAGUGCUUGUUGCGACAUCAGGGACGUUCUCAAUAGCAGUCUCAAAAACUCUCUCUGUUACAAACGCUAAUGACUGGGGUGAUUGGGGUGAUGCACAAUAUUGUGGUGAACGUACAUACGCUGUUGGCUACGAUAUGAAGAUCGAGGAACGGCAAAGAAGAGGUGACGACACAGCUCUGAAUGGCAUCAAACUGAUAUGCCAGUCUCCAUUCGGUCAUACUUCUAGACGUGGCGUAGCAACAUCAAGCGUUGGUCCAUGGGGUGGAUGGGUCGGAGAAGCAUUAUGUGACAAUCGUAAUGGCAAACAACAUUUCUUGACAUCAUUCAACUUGCAAAGUGAAAAAAAGCAAGGAAAAGGCGACGACACCUCUGCAAAUUUUGUAAAAUUCAAGUGCAGGGAUUUAGUUGGCUCCUUGCCUUCGUAUGAAAUGUCUAGAGAUCCUGGAUUCGGAGAAUGGGGUCAGUACGGAUCCUGGAGUUCUGAGUGCUAUAAAGGGACUGCUAUUUGCGGUAUUAAGACAAGGGUUGAGGUACCACAGGGAAGAGGAGAUGAUACAGCACUGAACGACGUUAUAUUUUACUGUUGCAGAUAAUUGUUUUAUUACUUUACAUGUUAAUAUAUUUAUCAUACUUGGUGAAUAUUCGGCUGUGAUACUUUCUUUU